CUGGAAAUUCCCGUUCCAGAAUGCUGGUGCCGUCACAACUUUGUCGUUGGCACCUUUCAACGAGUCGAACAAAAUGUGAAAGGAGCGGUAUGGACAGUCGAUGAUAACGAGUUCUAUCGACGACGACCGCAACGCACAGCCGCAACGCGUAGCCAACCAAAUACACCACUUCCUGAGGAGAUGUUGGCUCAACGUUUUAUCGACCAGACAGCUUUGAGUAUGAUGGAACGCCAAGAAGGUGGAGGAGUUCACUUGACCGAGAAUUCUCUGUUGAAUGGUGGUCUCGAAGGAGUUUUGUCAUUUUUGGCGAAUUCCGGCGACAGCAAUCCGUUGGCGUUACUGUCAGCAGCGGCAGCAGCUUCUGAACAGAGCUCAUGUGCUGUAACACCGAGUAUGAGCACUGUGAAAGACGAACCGCGCGAAGCACCCAUGGAGAUUGAUGCUGUUGCCCAAGCAGCCCAGAUUCAUUCCCAGCUCAAUGGGCGACUUGAAGCCCAUGAUCCGGACGCGACACCUCCUGCUGAAGAUGAAUCGCGGCUAGUUGUCGAUGAACCACAGCAAUCGCCACAACCACAGCCUGCACCAGUGGCAUCAAGUUGCUGA